AUGGGAGUAAUUGUUGGGAUGGAAGAAAUGAGGAAAUUAGAUGAUGAUGAUGAAAAAGUGGAUACCAGGAAGCAAGAUUGUGCAGGAAAAACAGGUGGUCGAGGUAAAAUGAGAGGAACUAAGAAGGUUUCCUACAAUAAAGCAUGGACAUGGCUGGAUCAGAAUUCUGAUGACAAAUCUGGUCUUGUGAAGUUGUCCGACACGAACAUGCCAAUCAACCAGGAGAAUCGGCGAAUUCCCCUCCCCGGACUAUUUGGAGCUGAAGUUGAAAGGGUUGUCGGUGCCGGUGGUAUCGUGCCAGGUUCUUUAGUCUUAGUUGGUGGUGAUCCCGGCGCCGGAAAGAGCACAUUCUUGUUACAGGUGGCAUCAAUAAUUGCUGACGGGGAGAACCACAAGGAAGGUCCAGCUCCAGUUGUAUAUGUCUCCGGUGAAGAGAGCAUUGAACAAAUCAGAAACAGGGCUUAUCGUAUGAAUAUUCUUCAGACUGCUGAUCUUUCCUUGUAUUCGAGUACCGAGGUUAAUGACAUGUUGGAAAAGGUUCAAUGUCUUUCCCCUCAUGCUUCGGUUAUUGAGUCAAUCCAGACAGUUUAUAUGCGGGGCGUCGCUGGACAAUCACGAGGCCCCGCCCAAGUAAAAGAAUGCACAGCUGCUUUGCAGCGUUUUGCUAAGAAGACAAAUAUCCCAAUUCUUUUGGCUGGGCAGGUGACUAAAGAAGGAAUACUGGCUGGACCUCGCGAGUUGGAGCACGCCGUUGAUGUUGUGCUAUACAUUGAAGGCGACAAGUUAUAUUCGCACAGAGUGCUUCGAUCUGUGAAGAAUCGGUUCGGAUCCACGGAUGAGAUUGGAGUGUUUGAAAUGUCGCAACUCGGCUUCAACCUGUUUUGA